AUUUUUGGUCCAUGGACCGUUUUAUUAAUAAUAGACUGUAAAAAAACAAAGCUAAGACAAAGCCAAUGAGUCUAAAAGCUGAGGCCGGGUUCAAAAUAACCCAACCCAUUACUAUCCUACCAACAUGAAUAAAAGACCUCUUAAGCUGAGAAGAGUGUUCUCUACACUUUCCUAAAAGUUGUUUGUUUCUCUUCCCAAUGUUGCAUGCCGCUUAUCGUUGGAACUCGUAACUUGGUUGUCUCCUCCUCUGGUUCGCCUUCACAUUUGUUCCUAUUAGUGUUUCUUGGAGACUCCAUCUAUUAUCUUCACUGUUACAAGGUAAGUUCCUCUCAUCUUCUUCCUCUUUGUUGUUUUUCUCUCCUAACCCUUUCCAUUUUGUGCUCUCAGGUGGUGGGGGGUCAUCCCAAAGGAUCGAUACGUCAUGCUUGUGCUUAUGUUGCUUCGGGCUGCCUACUCUCAAGUAAGGUGGAUGUGAUUAACAACAAGAUGAGGGCUCCAUGGCAUGUAAAGCAUAUUACGGAUCAGAUCACUCAACUUUUCGGCAUUAAAAUUUUUGUUUUUGUUCACACUUUUAGAGAGGAGAACACAUUGGUUGAUCACUUAACUAACACUGGAGAAGUCACCAAAAGCCAUGCUAUCUACUAUGAUUUUGGCUCACUUCCUAGUAAAGUCAAAGCAAUGCUGAUGAUUGAUCAACAAGGCUUCCCACACCUAUGAAUCAGGCCAAAGCAAAAUCAUUUUGUGAUUAAUGAUGUUAACAGUUCUCACGUAUAGAGUUGGUACAACUCUUUCUAUUUUAUGCAAUAUCUCACUCAUUUGUACCCACCCCAACUUCACACUAGGUGGAAUUUUUAUCCUCCCAAGUGUUAUAGUGUUUGUAACCAUAGGUACAUAAGAAUGAUGUCUCAUUCUUGAUUUGGCUCUAGAGGCAAAGGUCUAUAUCCUCCUACACAUACUUUAUUUUGUUUUUAUAAUAAAAAGGUUGGGGCAGUACCUUAACCCCCCACCAUUAGUGGACUUUUGAAA